GUUUUGCUUCAAUAUCAGAAAAAAGCAGCAGCAUCAGAGAUCAGAGAGGGUGUAGAGGGCAGCCAAUGGGAAAUACCUCAGCCCUGAGUUAGCUUAUGGAGUGAGGAUUCAAAUUAUUUCUUUAAAUUAUUUGCUUUGUGAGGUAUUCCCACAAAAUCAAAUUAUAAAAAUUAAAUUUACUUUUCUCAAAUAAGUUUAAAAUGCAAAUUUGUAAUUCUAGAUAAUUCUCUUCUACCUCCUAACCACCCCUCCAGUGCCCUCCCAAUCUUGAAAUAGAUCUCAUCAAUAUCAAAAGAUCACUGUAUACCAACCACAACCCUCUCUGCUGGCCAGACCUUGGUCUCAUCUGCCUUUUAUGGAGCCCAGAGAAAGUUAAACUCAACUUUCUACUCCUCUACCCAAGACUCUCAGUAUGGACUAGAAAUUAGGGCUGACUUGCAAAUGCCCAUUGUGCUGACAGAAGAUAGCCUAGGGAUGCAAAUCAAAGCUGCUGUUCCUGACAUUCAUGUUUAUUGUGGGACAGGACAGUCCUGAGUGGUGUCGUGAUCAGUGCUGUGUGCUGUCUGUGGUGCACUGCCUUGAUGCCCCUGUGUUCUGAAAGAGUCACACACAGCACAGAUCCUGCUGUGCUCCCCUGACUGCAUCUGUGUCCUCCAGGCUCCUCUGGAAGGGCUCUCAGCAGGCCUUGGGGGUGGAUGACUUGUGGCCAGUGAGGAAACAGGACUCCUCUGAAGAAAUUGUUGCCUGGGCAGAAAGAGAAUGGAAGAAGUGUCACAGCAGAAGCCAGCAGAAAAUGGAGUCUGCCAUAUUUAAAAAGGGUCAGAAAACUGAAAAUGGUAUAGCAGAAGCUGAAGAGACAGAGGCUCUACUACAAUCAAAGCACAGUCAGAGCAGGCCCUUACUGAGAAUGUUUUGGAGCAUGUUUGGAACUUAUUUCCUUCUCAGCACUGUCUGCUUAGUUAUCUGUGAUGUCUUCUUGUUCUCCACCCCAAAGGUACUGAGCCUUUUCCUGAAGUUCAUUGAAGAUCAGGCAGCCCCAAGCUGGCUUGGCUACUUCUAUGCCUUCAGCAUGUUCCUGCUGGGCUGUCUCCAGACUCUGUUUGAGCAACGCUACAUGUACAUGUGCCUUGUUCUGGGGCUGAGGCUGAGAACUGCACUCACAGGCCUUGUGUACAGGAAGAUCCUCGUUAUGUCAAAUGCCUCAAGGAAAGCAACAACCACAGGUGAAAUUGUUAAUCUGGUGUCUGUUGAUGUGCAAAAGCUAAUGGAUCUGAUUAUCUAUUUUAAUGGGACCUGGCUGGCUCCUAUUCGGAUUAUCAUCUGCUUUGUCUUCUUGUGGCAGCUUCUAGGGACAUCUGCCUUGACUGCAAUUGCUGUAUUUCUUUUUCUUUUGCCUCUGAAUUUUGUGAUCACCAAGAAGAGGAGUCAGUUUCAGGAAAUCCAGAUGAAACAUAAGGAUGAAAGGGCCAAACUCACCAAUGAAAUUCUCAGUAACAUUAAAGUAAUCAAACUGUAUGGCUGGGAGAAAACCUUCAUGGAGAAAGUACUUGGAAUCCGAAAGCAAGAACUUCAGGCCUUAAAAAGAUCUCAGAUUCUCUUUUCAGCAUCCCUAGUUUCUUUCCAUUCGUCAACUUUCCUGAUCACAUUUGUCAUGUUUGCUGUCUACACCCUGGUGGACAACACACACGUGCUGGAUGCUGAGAAGGCCUUUGUGUCCUUGACGCUGAUCAACAUCCUCAACACUGCCCACUCCUUCCUGCCCUUCUCCAUCAAUGCUGCUGUCCAGGCCAAAGUUUCCUUAAACCGUUUAGCAGCUUUUCUGAAUCUGGAAGAACUGAAUCCUGAGAGCUCAAGCAGAAACACUUCUGGCUGUGUACAAGCAAGUAUCACCAUAAGAAAUGGGACUUUUUGCUGGAGCAAAGAAACUUCUCCUUGUCUUAGAAGCAUAGAGCUCAGUGUGCCCCAGGGCUCUCUGCUGGCUGUGGUUGGCCAGGUGGGUGCUGGCAAGUCCUCCCUGCUGGCAGCGGUGCUGGGCGAGCUGGAGGCCACCGAGGACUGCGUGACCAUGAAGGACACUGCAGCUUAUGUCCCCCAGCAAGCUUGGGUUCUAAAUGCUUCAGUGGAAGAUAAUAUUCUGUUUGGGAGAGAGAUGGAUGAAACCUGGUUCAGUAGAGUGACAGAGGCUUGUGCGCUGCACCCUGAUUUGGAGACCUUCCCUGCAGGGCAGAAGAGUGAAAUAGGAGAAAAGGGAAUCAAUCUGUCUGGAGGGCAGAAGCAGAGAGUGAGCCUUGCUCGGGCUGUGUACCAGAAGGCUGCGAUUUACCUGCUCGAUGAUCCCCUGGCAGCUCUUGAUGCCCACGUUGGGCAGCACAUUUUUGAACAUGUUCUUGGACCCAAUGGUUUACUGAAGGACAAGACUCGUGUGCUGGUGACUCACACAAUUAACAUUUUGCCUCAAGUGGAUAACAUUGUUUUUCUGGUGGAUGGAAUGAUCUCAGAAACUGGUUCCUACCAAGAACUUCUACAGAGAAAUGGAGCCUUUGCAGAUUUUCUUCGUUCACACGUUACUGCAGAAGAGAAGCCACCUGCUGGUUUUCCAGCUAUGGGAGACACCAAGGGCACUAUCACCACUGGGAAUGGUCCAUCUCAGCAGAAACCCCUCAGUGGUGAUUCCGUAAAAUCUGCUGUGGGAAGGGAGACCAUUCCUGUGAGCCCAGACUGCACCAGAGCUGCAGCCACCAGUGGAGGAUUAACCAAGGCAGAGAGAACUCAGCACGGCAGGGUCAGGGCUGGGGUGUACGGAGCCUACCUGCGGGCGGCAGGCCGGGCGCUGGCUGUGUACGUGCUCCUGUCCUUCGCCUGCCAGCAGGCCGUGGCCUUCUCCCGGGGCUACUGGCUCAGCCUCUGGGCAGAUGACCCCGUGCACAACGGGACACAGCAGCACACAGAGCUCAGACUUGGAGUCUUUGGUGCUUUAGGAGUGGUUCAAGCCCUUGGUAGGUUUGCCUGCACAGCAGCAGUGCUGCUGGGGGGAGUGUUAGCCUCACACCAGCUCUUCCUGCAGCUGCUCAGCAAUGUCAUGAGGUCCCCAAUGCUCUUCUUUGAGCAAACACCCAUUGGACACCUGCUGAACCGCUUCUCCAGAGACAUGGAUGCUGUUGAUUCUGUCAUCCCUGACAAGCUUAAGUCUGUGCUGGGAUUCUUGUUCACCUUACUGGAGAUCUACCUGGUGAUUGUGGUGGCUACACCAUGGGCAACAGUGGCCAUAGUAGCCUUGACUGUUCUUUAUGCAGCAUUCCAGCACUUCUAUGUCAGCACCUCCUGCCAGCUGAGGCGCAUGGAGGCUGCCAGCAGGUCACCCAUCUACUCCCACAUCUCAGAAACCUUCCAAGGCAGCAGUGUGAUCCGUGCUCACAAAGACCAGCAGAGGUUUAUUUCAAAGAGCAAUUUCCUAGUGGAUGAGAACCAGCGAAUUUGCUUCCCUGGAGCUGUUGCUGACAGGUGGCUUGCUACAAACCUGGAGUUCCUGGGCAAUGGCAUCGUGCUGUUUGCAGCCCUGUUUGCAGCUAUGGGCAGGACACAGCUCAGUCCAGGAACUGCUGGCUUCUCCCUUUCCUAUGCUCUCCAGAUAACUGGUGUUCUGAACUGGAUGGUUCGCUCCUGGACAGAAGUAGAGAACAACACUGUUUCUGUGGAGAGAGUGAGGGAAUACCUGAGGACUCCUAAGGAGGCACCCUGGACUCUGAAUGCCAAACUUCAAGGGCAAGUUUGGCCCACUGAGGGAAGGAUUGAAUUUAGAAACUACAGCCUGUGCUACAGGCCAGGUUUGGAGUUAGCACUGAGGCAUGUCAGUGUGACCAUCAAUGGGCAUGAGAAGAUUGGCAUAACUGGCAGAACAGGAGCUGGGAAAUCCAGCCUUGCCGUGGGCUUGCUGCGACUGGUGGAAGCUGCAGAAGGAGCCAUCCUCAUUGAUGGACAGGACAUUGCCCAACUAGGUCUCCAUGAACUCAGGACCAAGAUCACCGUCAUUCCCCAGGAUCCAGUUUUGUUUUCUGGCUCCCUAAGAAUGAAUCUCGACCCAUUAAACCAAUACACUGAUGCAGACAUCUGGACAGCUUUGGAACUGACUCAGCUCAAGAACUUUGUUGCAGAUUUGCCAGAACAGCUGGAAUAUAAGUGCACUGACCAAGGGGAAAACCUAAGCACUGGUCAGAAACAGCUGCUCUGCCUGGCCAGAGCACUCCUGCAGAAAGCCAAAAUCCUCGUUCUGGAUGAGGCCACAGCAGCAGUGGAUUUAGAGACUGACGUCCAGAUUCAGUCCAUGCUGAGGACUCAGCUCAGGGACAGCACCGUGCUGACGAUCGCCCACCGGGUGAGCAGCGUCCUGGACUGUGACAGGAUUUUAGUCUUGGAAAAUGGCCGGAUAGCAGAAUUUGAUACUCCAGAACACUUAAUAGCUCAGAAGGGACUAUUCUACAGACUGAUGGAAGAAUCAGGCCUUGCAUGACUCACCCAUAGCAGCACCACCAUCAGGAGUAAUUGA